AUGGAUCGACUGCGGCUAGGCGCCCAUCUGACGUUGACGUUUCUUCCCGUCAUGUCUCGUUCUGGGGAAACCGAAAUCGUUAAGGUUUCCCGGGAGGCGUCCCGCGACAUGCCUUUUGCAUGGGAAACUGAAGAAGUCAUCGCCGACGGCGACUCGGAGAUUGUGAUUUCUGGAGAUGAGGACGUCAAUCCCGGUUCUGCCUUCGACGACUCCGAGUAG